AUGCGAGGUGUAUCAAGGAAAUCUUCUUUGGUAAUCGAUUUGAGUUCAAACCAUUCUGAGGGUCCAAUGCCAAAACUUCCUUCUACCAUUAAUGUUCUGGAUCUUGGACAGAACAUGUUUUCUGGGCCAAUUUCAUCACUGUGUACAAAUAGGAUUGGGAGGUUGAGCUACCUUGACCUCUCACAUAACCUAUUAUCAGGAGAGCUUCCCGAUUGUUGGAAAGAAUGGAACAUGCUAAACAUUCUCCUUCUGCCAAACAAUAAUUUUUCUGGCAAAAUUCCCAACUCAACGGGCUUCUUGGGUUGGCUCCAAGCAUUGCAUUUAUCCAACAAUCAUCUCACAGGUGAAUUGCCUUCUUCGUUGAAGAAUUGCACGAAAUUGACUCUUAUUGAUUUGGCAAAAAAUAACUUAUCGGAAAAAAUACCUGCAUGGGUAGGAGGAAGCUUAUCAGAUUUGGCUGUUUUGAACCUGCGCUCCAAUGGGUUUAAUGGAAGGAUACCUUCCAGUCUAUGUCAGCUAAAGAUGCUACAAAUAUUGGAUCUCUCAAGGAAUAAUAUAUCAGGUGCUAGACCAAGAUACUUCAACAAUUUCACGGCUAUGACUAAAAAAGGACCGCCAGUCACUGUAUAUGACUACUCUGCUAUAACAAAGCCAUCAAGCAGAGGGUACGAAAGCCUUGGCGUCUAUUUUGAUAGUAAGAUUCCAUCCGGGACUCAGCUCCAAAGCUUUAAUGCCUCCGCAUGCAUGGGGAAUCCUCAACUCUGUGGUCAUCCGCUUUUGAAAGAAUGUUCAAGAGAUGACAAAGAGCAAUAUCCCCCCUCCUCUGAUAUCAGUGGAGACAUCAUUCACUGUGAUGAGGAUGGCCCAUGCUUUUAUGCUAAUAUAGCACUUGGAUUCAUCACUGGAUUUUGGGGAGUUUGUGGCAGUUUGAUGCUCAGCAAUACAUGA